AGGCAGUCAGGUACAUUCAAAUCAAGCAAAUCAAAAAGAGAGAAAUGGAGAAGAUCUGCGUAGCCGUUAGAGUGAGACCUCCAGUGGCCGUGUCUCAAGAGAUCUCCAAUGGAAAUCACUGGAGGGUCGAAGAUAAUCACAUCUCUCUUCUCAAGUCUGAUGGCACCCCUAUCUCCGGCGUAUCUUAUGCUUUUGAUCAUGUAUUCGACGAAAGUUGCACAAAUGCUAGAGUUUAUGAGCUUCUUACCAAAGAUAUCAUCCAUGCAGCUGUCGAGGGUUUCAAUGGUACAGCAUUUGCUUAUGGACAGACUAGCAGUGGCAAGACUUUCACCAUGAAUGGUUCUGAAACUGAUCCAGGCAUUAUUCAUCGGGCAGUUAAAGAUAUAUUUAACAAAAUUCAGAUGAUGUCGGACAGGGAGUUUCUGAUUCGUGUUUCCUACAUGGAAAUAUAUAAUGAAGAAAUUAAUGAUCUUUUUGCAGUAGAGAAUCAGAAAUUGCAAAUACAUGAGAGUUUGGAGCGUGGCAUAUUUGUUGCUGGCCUCAGGGAGGAAAUUGUGAAUAAUGCUGAACAAGUGCUCGAGCUCAUUGCCACAGGGGAAGUUAAUCGGCACUUUGGGGAAACAAACAUGAACAUUCGCAGUAGUAGGUCUCACACAAUAUUCAGAAUGGUUAUUGAAAGCAAAGGGAAGGAUAGCAACUCUUCAACUAAUUAUUCAAGCAGUGAUGCUAUUCGAGUCUCUGUUUUGAAUUUGGUAGAUUUAGCUGGGUCAGAGAGGAUUGCUAAAACUGGAGCUGGUGGAGUGCGUCUGAAAGAAGGAAAGCACAUAAACAAGAGUUUGAUGGCUCUUGGUAAUGUGAUAAACAAAUUAAGUGAUGGUCCAAAGCAAAGGGGGCAUAUUCCUUAUCGUGAUAGCAAACUAACCCGUAUACUUCAACCUGCUCUCGGUGGUAACGCCAAAACUUCAAUUAUAUGCACUGUAGCUCCAGAAGAGGUUCACAUUGAUGAAACAAAAGGAACUCUCCAAUUUGCUAGCCGAGCCAAACGCAUCACCAAUUGUGCCCAAGUGAAUGAGAUUUUGACAGAUGCUGCCUUACUGAAACGGCAGAAGUUAGAGAUAGAAGAGCUACGCAAAAAACUACAGGGAUCUCGGGCUGAAGUUUUGGAGCAAGAGAUCUUAAAAUUGAGAAAUGAAAUGCUGAAGUACGAACUAGACCGGGAGAAACUUGAAAUGCAGCUGGAGGAAGAGAGGAAAUCACACAAGGAGCGGGAUCAAUGCAUCAGGGAGCAGCAGAUGAGAAUUGACAAUCUCAGCAAUCUAGUCACAUUUCCAGAGUGUGAUAAGAAUGCUGGUCAGGGCCAGAAUUCUGGGAGUCAAUGUAGCAAGGAAGAAUUCAAUGACAGCAGUAGUAUAACUCGAGAAGACUUUUUCAGAACCCCUUCUUUUAAGGCAGCUCCAAAUGCCUUCGUUGCCAAAAGAUCCAAUUAUUCAAGGCAUACCGAUUACAGUCCUCUUCCAGAUACUCUUAGCAAUGUAGCUGAUGAAGACACUUGGUUGAAAAUGAAUAAAGGUUACAUAGCCGACCUUGAUUCAAUUCAGAUGACCCCUGCAAGAAAAGUCCAAUCCUUUCCAUCAAGUGACAUGACUCCUGGCUUAUCAAGUGAUAACCACAGAAAGGAAGUAGAGAAUCUUACAAGACAACUAGAACUCAUCACUGAAGAGAAGAAUGAACUCGAGAGGAAGCACUCAGAACAAUCAUUGUUAAAUGAGCAUUUGAUGGAGGAGAUUUCAGAACUGAAACAAGAAGUGUUAGUAAUUGGAGAGAUUCCUCAAAGGCUGGGCAAAUCUGUGGCCCACUGCAAAGAAAUUUUGAAGGAUCUUUUGUUAACAAUGCAGAGUUUUGUACCUGAUGAUGAGUCUUCUACUGCAAAAUUGCUCUCAAGCACAAGUGAAAUUGUCAUAAGCCUUUUCUCAAAUCUUGAAUCUUAUUUGUUUAUGGACAAGGAUAAUCAUGAAUUUUUUCCAAGAAAUGAUUCACUGGUCCAAGAGCACUGCAAAGUGCUUUCUGAGAGCAUAAGAGGCACAAUUACAUCCCUGGUAGCAUCAGAGAAAUUAGCCAUUGAGAACAAAGAAGUGAAGAACACAAUAUGUGGCUGCCACCAUAAGGGGUCCACUCAGGAAGGAGAAACUGCUUCUUCCAAGGAGAAACUAAGCUAUGAACUUGACACUAUCAAGGAAAAAUACAAUGAUUUGGAGAAAAAGCUGGAUCUCAAUGACCAGCUUCUGGAGGUUUCUAGAGAAAAAUACACUAGCUUGGAAAGAGAACUUCAGCUUUUGAAAGAAGAAAGGGAUUCCCUGCUUGAAAGAGUCUCAGAAUCAUCUCAAAAGCUUGCACUUGUUACUGACCAAAAGGAAAAUACUUUAAAAGAUUUGAACAGUGAAGCACGGAGAAGAAAAGAUCUUGAAGAACAGAUUAAACAAUUCAGUGUUGCUUUUGCUAGUCGGCAGAGAUCAUUUACAUCCUUCCAAAGUGAAUUUAAAUCCAAAAUUGAGAAAUUGAGAAGCCUGGAUACAGUUUCAGCAUCCAAAUCUCUUGGAUGUUGAAAACCAUAAUAGUUUGUGGUUUCUUUCCAUUAUUUCAUGUGUUCUGCACGUUCUUUGUUAUGUAUUUAUCUGGAAUUCUUUGAAUGUAAUCCUCGAUAUACUCAGAAGUCUUGUGUUACCUGUCUUGCUGUAUCAAACUUGAUUGACUCGUCAUAUUUUACAUCAUAAUUGCAGUGGUAGGCUAUGUUACUG